CGACAUGUCAAGAAUCGCGAUCUAUGAGAGUCAUAGCCCAGCAGGAACGAGCACGAGGAAUAUAGUUCACUGGUCUCAGAUGGUAAAUGCUCAGAAACUCCAGAAGUAUGAUUACGAGAGUGUUACCAAAAACAUGCUUCAUUACGGCUCACCCGAACCACCACUUUAUGAUAUUUCAGGACUUUCAGUACCAACAGUUCUCGUGAUGGGAGGAAAUGAUUGGCUGGGUGACCCACGUGACCAACUUUGGUUAAUCGAACAGAUCGGACACAAGGUGGUAGAGUUCUUAGCCAUCGACCACUACAACCACCUCGACUUUCUCUGGGGAAUAGAUGCACCGAAAAUGGUUUACCAUCCCAUGAUUGAGAUCAUGAAGAAGAUGUUGUAGGCUGGGCUGAACUCUAUUAUGUACUCCGAUGAUGACCAUUAUUUCUUAUGUAUUGUAACAUUGAUGUGUUAAUAACCUCUUUGUAAAA